CAUCGAUUUAUGUCGUCCAUGACGUCCAUGACCCAUUCACUAUUGACGUUGACACUUGCUCCAACGGUGAAACAUCAAGAAAAGGGGUGUUUCCGAAGCAAUAUCGAAUAAUUCCAUCGUUUUUCACCUCCGUGAGCAUUCCAACAAGAUUAAACAAUGGACGGUUUCGGUGAUAAUUUCACCAACGAUAAUGAGAUUGACCCAGCAGCAGAGUUCCUGGCACGAGAACAGGAUCAAUUGGCUGGUCUAGAGGAUGAAAUUCCCCCAGUGGCUAUGAACACAUCAGCAGCAGCUCCAGCAACAACUGACGAUGAUUUAUCUGGAAACUUUGAAAAUAUGACAAUCGAGUCCGGUGGAAAUGGCACUGGAAGUUUCGAGAUGAUAAAUACCAUCGAGCAGCCAACUGAUUCAGAGUUUUCAGCAUCAGAGCCUGCACCAGCUGCCUCACUGCCCAGGGAGGAGCCUGAAAAAAUUAAAAAGUGGAGGGAAGAACAAGCAGCUCGACUUGAGGAGAAAGAUGCUGAGGAGGAAACAAAGAAGGAGGAGUGGAGAGAAGCUGCCAAAAAAGAAUUGGACGAGUGGUACAAACAUCACGCCGAGGCGACCAGUAAAACAAAGGCUACAAACAGGGAAUCAGCCAAGAAUGCUGAGAAGCAGUUUGUCGCUGAAGCUGACGAAGUGGAGCCGGGGACCGAGUGGGAGCGUAUCGCGAAACUGUGCGAUUUCAAUCCAAAAUCAUCGAGAACAUCCAAGGACGUCUCCAGGAUGCGUUCAAUAAUUCUCCAACUGAAGCAGACACCACCACCAACCACGUCCAUCAACGCUUGAUCACGUUAAUUACCAUUUUUCGAAAUAAUAAAUUCAUACU